AUGAUUCGUAAUAGUACACACUAUACGAUAACAAAUCACGGCAAAGAUCUUGGUAUUCCUGUGGUGCAGCAAGGAAUGGAUGAGGGACUUUUCAUGUGUGAAGUUGUAUCCUACAAACAGAACAUUUCAAAGCUCAUCACUGUUAUUGUGAAGAAAGGUAAGCAAUAAUUAGUUUCAUAGCAUUCGUGUAUCGGUAAGAUAGAAGAAAGGCUCUCACUUGGAGAAACAAAUUUUUUCAUGACUCAAGGUCACCGUUGUUAGUCUUUCCUUUACUUUCAUUCUACGUGGUGAUGUGUUACUUAGGGCCGUGAUAUCACAAAUUUUUUGUCCGGGAAUGGAAAAUUGGCCUGGCGUGAGCUCGAUAGCCUUCAUAGCUGGCAGCUUUGUCUGCGUUUUGAAGCACCAAGCGACAGAGUCGUAAAAACGAGCGAUGGAGCUGCGAGAGGCUUGAGGUGGAAAAUGGAUCUUUCCCACUCACAACUUCCUUGCUAAUUGCUUUAAAGCGCGCGCAAAGCCGCCAGAUUGAGAUUGAAGUUUCGAUAAAUGGGCGAAUGAGUCGACUUAAGUACUUUUGUCAACGUAUUGUGUCUUCGAUCAAAGACUUGUUUUAAACCGUACGUGAUAUGUUUUAUACCUUUACUUUAUCUCACAGCCGAGUUAAAUCCAUUGUUGUUAAGCGUGUUUGCUCAAAACAAGUCAUACCUGUCUGUGCAAAUCGCCUGGCGUCUUACGGAACACGCUGUCUUCAGUGCCUGUCAUGUCAGCCUGAAGCUGAGACUGUUGAACUCCAGUUCAUGGAGUCAAGAAGUUACCAAUUUAUCUCAAAUACUCGGGUUUUACACAUUCGCACAUCUGCAGCCCAGAAGAAUGUAUUUAUUAAACAUUACACUGCAAAACAAAUACAAGCAGAUUGAGAACAGAGCAGUGGUUUUCUGGUCAGCGGCUUCCAACUCUUCAGGUAUGAGCAGUCAUUACUCCCUUUGAUUUUACUGUGUUUCCUAAUAAUGGCUUCCAUGAUCUGUUACUCGUUGCUAACAACUUUAAAGGUAAAUGGUAGGCGCUUUCGCCACCUACUAUCCUGAAAGAAAUCUGCAAGCUAUGCAUAGUUAAAAAAUUUCCUUUUAAAGAAAAACGUUAAGUAACCAAGCACACCAAAUGGAAUAUGGGCAGUUUGUCUUUCGAACCUAAGUUCUUCGCGCAAGUUUAGGGGAGCAAAAGGAAAAAGAAAAGAAAGAGAAAAUGUACAUAAUCACCAGGCAGGAACUAGGAGCGAUUAUCGCCGUUCUUAAGGCUCGAAAAUUUUGGUUAAAGUUUAGCUCACGCAAUUUGUGAACUAUCUUGUUUAUACGGGGAAAAUAAAACGUGUCCCAUGAGAGUAUUUAGGCCUAAUCAUGAACUACACAUGAAAUUAUUUUGACGCAAGCUAAUCUGCUAAAAAGACUUUACAAGAUUUUGCUCUAUUAUUACAAUGUGACAGGCUUCUCAACCGUAUUCAAGCCUUUUUGUGAAAGAUUUCUGUCUUCUUAGCGGAGCCUUUGAAAAUGGGGUGAAUGCAAUUAUUCAGACGUCAUUUUUUAACUUAUUACUAACGUUAACCCAAAUGAUAAAGAGAGAUAGUGAUGUAUUUUGGUUUUACCAACUGAGUUGACAAUGUAAAUUGGCCACCGUGAAGAGUUUCUAAAUCUGAAGUUUCAAGCGUUAGCUCUUCGUUAGAGCAGAAGGGCAGAUGAUGUAAUUCAUUGGUUAUUAGCUUUGGCCAACGAAAUAAUCUUAUUCCCCACGAGAAUUAAACCUCAGAUCUUCGGACCUUGUGCUUUCAUGUUCAACCACAGUCACAGUAAAAACAUUUGUUGGUCUCGCAACUGGGCCGUACGCCAGCUGGCUCAGAGAUGCCAAGGAUCCUGUAUAUCGAUAGGAUUAGCAGCACAAAAGGCAUCGUGCGUGUAGAUAUAGAAUAAGAAAGAUAGCAGACUUUAAGCAAAAUUAUGUUUCCUUUCUUGUUUCAGAGUUUGAUCAAAGAUUACGGCUUCUCUAUCACGUGAUCAACAAGAGAGCUUUAAGCGUGGCGCUAGGGAUCAUAGGAUUGCUGGGGAUAAUAAUGAUAACAUACGUCUGUGCCACGUGGUGUUAUUCUGAUAAAAGAGGUUAUUCCAUCCCACCAGCGCAGAUGAAGAGAAAGGACGAGAAUGACAGUAGUUUUGAAGUAGACACUCACUUGCUUUACAACAGGUUUGUUUUGACCAUUACGUUCACUUGUCUCAGUUUAGCCUGA